UCCGGAAAAAAAUGGACUGCUCCAAGAUUGUUAUUGUCGCAAUGCUGCUAUGUUUCUUCGUUCAAUUUUCUGAACUUUUCCGUAUUUCUGGAUCUCAAGCAAAUGAUAUUAAUAUGCGAGAGGAUCACACUAUUGAGGAUGCAUUCAUGGUUGCGAAUGUCGUUACCCAGGAUGAAAUAGAAGAAUUUCAUCGUGCAAAUGGUUUUGCUACUCCGUCGAUUGAGAAUGAAGUUGACGAUCAAAGCCCAGAUGAUGUGCAACAAAGCCAAGCUCGGUCGUUCGGUCAUACUGUAGAGGCAUUGAAAUUUUGGAACUGGUCUGCUUUUGACCAUUUCCGCCUUUGGAUUGAAGAACGAAGGCGACGAACAACCACCAUCAAACCUAUUCCUGUCUAUAUUGUUAAUAAUCCCCAUGAAUCGAUUCCUUACAACGGCAUCUAUGCCUCCCGUCCACCUUACUUCAAGUAGACGAGGUGCACUCUCAGCUCACCUCAAAAUCCCUCAACGUUGACAUCGCUCAAUAAUCAGAAAAUGUUUGUAAUGUAAAUGACGUAAAUUUGCUAAA